AUGGAGCACUUUGAUGAGCGGGACCGGAGCCAGAGGAGCAGACGGCGCGGGUCUCGGGGGAACGCCUUGGCCAGCCCCACGCACAGCGCCCACUGCAGCCUGUACCGCACUCGCACCCUGCAGGCCCUGAGCUCCGAGAAGAAGGCCAAGAAGAUCCGCUUCUACCGCAACGGCGACCGCUACUUCAAAGGCCUGGAGUUCGCCGUGUCCCAGGACCGGUACCGCUCCCUGGAGGCGCUGCUGGCCGACCUGACCCGCAGCCUCGCCGACCACCUGCACCUGCCGCAGGGCGUGAGGAUGAUCUACGGCGUGGACGGGACCCGCAUCAGCCGCAUGGAGCAGCUGGAGGACGGAGAGAGCUACGUCUGCGCCUCCAUCGAACCCUACAAGAAACUAGACUACACCAAGAACGUGAACCCAAACUGGGCCGUGGGCUCGGUGCGGGCCGCCUCCCCCCACCACCAGCCCCCCCAGGGAUCCAGGGACCUCAGGGAGAGCCGGGACUUCAUCCGGCCCAAACUGGUGACCAUCGUGCGGAGCGGAGUGAAGCCCCGUAAGGCUGUGAGGGUCCUGCUCAACAAGAAGACCGCCCACUGCCUGGAACAGGUCAUGAGUGACAUCACAGACGCCAUCCAGCUGGACUCUGGGACGGUGAAGAGGCUGUUCACCGUGGACGGGAAGCAGGUGACGUGUCUCCAGGACUUCUUUGGAGACGACGACAUCUUCUUCGCCUGUGGCCCCGAGAAGUUCAGAUACCAGGACGACUUCAACCUGGACGAGAGAGAAUGCAGAGUGUCUAAGGCUUCCUCGUACGGCCGCCUGCCCUCGGCCCACGGCAGGCUCUCCCCAAAGGGCUGGUCCCGUCGCAGCAAGUCCCCCUCCCCCUGCGGCUCCGCCAAUGGGACGGCAGGAAGUCAGCUCUCCACCCCGAGGUCUGGCAAGUCCCCAAGCCCCGCCCCCAGCCCCGGCAGCCUGCGGCGACAACAGGGAUCCUCUUUGUCCUUGGCCUCCACCAAAGUCUGCAGCUCCAUGGACGACUGCGACGGACCCGGCAGUGAAGGUCCCAUCCUGCUCUGA